GAUACAGAAGUAUGAUAAGCACGCCUCUAAGGCUGGGGUUUUGGAAUUCAAAAAGAAAAAUUGUUCUUGACCAAUGAUAGUAGUAAGGUAUCACAUAGCUUAACAAAAGCUUGAAAAAAAGGGUUGAUUGUAAUAGAAAUUUUCUGAUAGCAUGGAAGUACAAGCUGCAUGUCAAAACACCAAAGAAAAUGACUGCUCUUCUCUACUGACUCUACUCUCAUCCGUACACCAACGAAAGCCGAAGACAAAGAAAAAGAAGAAAGAGAAGGACAAGACAAAAGUGGACAAUGGAAUUAACUCAGAAUUCAGUCAAGAGGAAAAUGUAGAUGAGACGGAAGAGCCAGAAUGUGCAAUCAAUGUGAAUAAAGGCAGCGACGACAUUAAAAAGCUGGAAUAUCGAAUUGAACACAUGGAAGAAGAGACGGUGAAGCUUGGAAGCGAAAUAAAGGAGAAGGACAAUAUAAUAAAGAAGCAGAAGGAAAGAAUAAUGAAAGAAAGAAAAAGAUUUGGAGAAUUGGAGAAGCAUAUUGAGGGUUACAGAAAAAGAAUUGAAGAUUUGGAGGAAGUAUUAAAAGAAAAAAAUGACAAUUAACCGUCACCUAUAGUUAUGCUAAAUGACACUGUACCCGUUAACAGGGACAAAUUGUAUCUGUUAAAAGUUUCAUGUCAAGGCAAGGCAUCAGUUUUUGUGGGAGGACUUGCAGAACUGGUUUUUGGAGAAGAAGUUUUAAAAAUUCAUUUUGUGCAUGGGAAGAUGAAUAAUAAAUAUAAACAUGCUCCCAAGUUGCCACCACUGGUCUCAACCCGCUUAAAUACAGUUUUCGUGUUGAUUGGAACCCCUCUGGCGACCUUUACACAGGCAGCCUUACGUAACUUUCCAGUUAACCGUUUAUCCAGUUGGGAAAUGGCACAACAAAUGCGCCACCAUUUCUGGGACAGGUGACACAAAGAAUAUUUAAAUGAACAGAUAUCUCGUAGGAAAUGGAAGACAUCUUCGAACUAAGAAGACAUCAAGAUCGGCUCUCUUGUGGUUAUCAAGAAAGAUAACCUACCACCCAUGGUCUGGAAACUUGGCCAAAUUACGGUAAUUCACUCCGGCCAAGACGGAGUGAUUCAAACCGUGACGGUUAAAAGCCCGUCAGGCAUCUACAAGCGCGCUCUGAAAUGUUUAUAUCCGCUUCCAAUUCAGAAUUAGCAAUUAAAAUUAUUUUAAUUUCAGCAAAUGUAAAAAUGUUCCUGUUUUUUAACACUUCAAUUCUGUCCUCACUACACAUUUUU